UGAAUUCCUAUUCUUUUCUCCCCCCCCCUUUUUUUUCUAUUUUGUUUUAUUUUUCUUUUAGACAAACUGGAUCGUUCAACAUCAAUACCUACUCCUGAGCGAGUGACGAAGAAGCUAACAGAAGCACCAAAACGAAGUGUUUCUUGUGUAUUACAGACAAUAAGAAGAAAAAAGAAAUCUAGGCCAUCACCACUUGAUGUCGAUCAUUUAUUUGGUAUCAAUAUCUUGAUUGUAGACGAUAACCCUAUCAAUUUAAACAUCCUCAGAAAACACCUUAAUUUUAUUUCAUUCUCUACAUCCACCAAAAUCAAACGCAUAAAAGAAGCAAGAAAUGGCCUGGAAGCCCUGGAUCUCAUGCGCAUUUAUACAUUUGAUAUAAUCUUACUCGACAUUGACAUGCCUUUAUUAAACGGUGUCGAGACAGCUAAACAGAUCCGAGCCAAUUUAAAUAGUACAGUACCUAUCAUUGCCGUCACGACCAAUGAUUCAAUAGAAUCCAAAGAUAAUUACCUUAAAGUUGGCAUGGUAAAAUGUCUUGGAAAGCCUGUUAAUCUUCAAUUACUUGAACAAACUAUCUCUAAAUCAUUGAUCUACUCUUCACCGCUUACACUUACUCCACCAAUCAAAGAAUAAUCAUCGGACUUGGUGAACGAAAAUUUUUUUUUUUCGCGAACGCGCCGGACGCGAUAAACUGAAUAAAAUUCUCUUUUUUUUUUAUA